AUGAAGUUGAACAUCAGCUACCCUGCCAAUGGCAGCCAGAAGCUCAUCGAUAUUGAGGAUGAGCGCAAGCUCCGUGUCUUCAUGGAGAAGCGCAUGGGCGCUGAGGUUCCUGGUGACUCCAUCGGCGAUGAGUUCAAGGGCUACAUCUUCCGCAUCACUGGUGGAAACGACAAGCAGGGUUUCCCCAUGAAGCAGGGUGUCAUGCACCCUACCCGUGUCCGCCUCCUCCUCUCCGAGGGCCACUCUUGCUACCGACCCCGACGCACCGGUGAGCGCAAGCGAAAGUCUGUCCGUGGCUGCAUCGUCGGCAUGGAUCUCUCUGUCCUCGCCCUCAGCAUUGUCAAGCAGGGUGAUGCUGACAUCCCCGGCCUCACCGACGUCGUCCACCCUAAGCGCCUCGGUCCCAAGCGCGCCACCAAGAUCCGCAAGUUCUUCGGCCUCACCAAGGAUGACGAUGUCCGCAAGUACGUCAUCCGACGAGAGGUUCAGCCCAAGGGUGAGGGCAAGUCUCCUUACACCAAGGCUCCCCGCAUCCAGAGACUCGUCACCCCUCAACGUCUCCAGCACAAGCGUCACCGCGCUGCCCUCAAGCGCCGCCAGGCCGAGAAGGUCAAGGACGAGGCCAACGAGUACGCCCAGGUCCUUGCCAAGCGUGUUGCUGAGGCUAAGGCCAACAAGGCCGAUGCCCGUAAGCGACGAGCAAGCUCUAUGCGCAAGUAG